AGUGUAAACGCAGCACGAGUUACCCCCCACCAUCACAGUCAGCUAGGCGCUGUCAUCCUCUUGUAAGGUGUCACAUAGGCAGCUGCAUACCUGUUUUCCACUACGUUAGGUUGAAUAAUUUUGAUACGUAUUUCUGCUUUACUUCUCGGGCCUUCGGUGCCAUGAAGGGAAUCAGGUUUUUCAUUGUUUUCUUGGUGCUUUCCGCGUCUCUGCUGUGUACAUCCGAGGCGGGCAGGAGCAGGACCAGCAACCAGAACAGCUUCCGACGGGCAGCUAACGGCAUCUACCAGACCCUGAGCAGCGUCUUCGGAGAGGACAACAUUAGAGGGUUGUACAAGUUUUUCUCCAAAACGACAGAGCGAUUUGUUCAUGGAGUUGACUCUUUUCUUGACACCAUUUGGAAGAUCUGGUCAGAUCUGCUGGAUGUGAUGGGCAUUGACUCUUCAAACCUCAGCCACUACUUCAGCCCCACAUCUUUAACCAACUCUCCAGCGCGUGCCCUGCUCCUGGUCGCAGCUGUUCUCCUGGCCUACUGGUUCCUGUCUGUGUUCCUGGGGGGUUUCUUUUACCUGCUGCAUGCUGUCUUUGGCCGCUUCUUCUGGCUUGCACGCGUCACCCUGUUCGCCCUGUCCUGCCUCUACAUUCUGCAGAAGUUCGAGGGCGACCCUGAGCGCGCAGUGCUGCCGCUGUGCUUCAUCAUGGCCGUGUACUUCAUGACGGGGCCUGUGGGAGCGUACUGGCGUCGAGGAGGUGGUGCAGGUUCGCUGGAAGAGAAAAUCGACCACCUGGACACUCAGAUCAGGCUGCUUAAUAUCAGGCUGAGCCGUGUCAUAGAUAGCCUGGAACGCCCAGGGGAUCAGUAGACUUAGACGGGGGCGAGGAUGAGAAGGGAGAUGGGGGGUGGGGGGUGAUGUAGGGUAUCUGCAUUUGAUGUCUGGGGAAUGUUUCCUGUGCACAAAUGCGGCAACUUAACUAUUGGGUAUUUACAUCUCUAUUGUCAAAUGGGGGACAAAACUAGAUCUGAGAACAGUAUUUUAACUGCUAGAGAUGAUUUUAGCUACCAGAUACCUAAAAUCCUCACAGGUGUGGACAGUUUCCUUGGAGUUUUCGUAAAUCAACCAAACAACCUUUUUUCUUUGUCUCAACAGUUUGAAAUACGUCUGCUACAUCUUACAUGCAGGCUGAACAUCUUAACUCCUUUUUGAGAAACUCCCAGUUUUUUUGGGUUUGAAUCUCUGAUGUUUGGAUUUGCAUUAUUGACGCUUGAGCGGAAAAAUAAGCCUAUUUUAUUUGUUUAUUUUUAUCCUUGCAUAUAAGCUGGGGCUUAAUUCUGAAACAGGUUCGUCCACAAGCAUUUUUCCCUUUGUUGCGAAACAGUUGAAGUAGGAAGUCAGCCGGGUAUACGACAAUGCAAACAGUGUAUUUCUAAUGUGUAAGAUCUGCGAGAUGUUGGAUAGUUGUUCAUAGUCAGAUUUAUUUAUUCCAUUUUCCAUCCGAACUGUCAAAAGUCAUGUAGAUCUAGUUUGUUUAUUAAGUCGCCAUCCCAUAGUGGCAAUAGUUUGACAUCAGGACCUCUUUUUCUUAUGUGUGUGCGUGUCUGCGUACAGUUGUAUAAGCAAAAGCAUCUGGGUGAUUGUGUGUGUAUGUGUGUAAAUUUGUGAAGCUGAAAAGCACUGAACAUUGAAAGUCACCACCAGACUGGGGAAAAAUGCAGACAGGCAGCAAUAUCUCAGGGACUCAUCCAACAAAUAUAGACAUUUGGAAAUAAGACAUCAAGUAUAUAAACAUCACAUCUUGUCUCUUCACAGAGUCACAGACAGUUUUUUGAUAUAGUUGGAAACCAUGCUAAGUAGUUACCCUUAGGUUAUGUAUUGCAUCAGGUUGGUUGGUAGGUUGGAUUAAAACCAAAUGUAGUUUUUCAUUUUUCAUUUUGAUUCUAGCAUGAAUUUCCAUUUGUCAAGUUUUCACCUUCUAAAAUUCUCCUUAUUCUGUGAAUGCACAAAGUAUCCAGUAUCCUAUUACGUUGUCUGAAAUCUUGUGUAAAACAAGCUUCUUGAUUGCAAUUAGGUCUAGUGCCUUUUGAUCAUGUGGCAAAAUACGAGCUUGUAUCGUAAAACCCCAUUAAAAUCUGUAGUGCAGCUGUAGUACUUUAUUCUAAUUCUGUAAAUGACAGGUAGAUUCAUGUCCUGCUUGGUAUAGAUUCAGUGUAUUCUUCUGUUAGUGCUGUAGAGUGAGCAUUACAGAAGCCGUUUGUUAGUUUGAUGGUAUUUUGUUAUCUUCAUGACAGCAACCAUAUUUUUCUACUGUGUUGCACCGUAAGAGACCGGAUUUUGUUUGCGACUUCCACAACAUUAACAUCUCAAACAGCUCAUUAUAUUCACUCUUUGCACUUUUAAUAGAAUCUGGAAUAUGUGAAAACAUUACAUUUUUCUACCGGCGACCUUGAUGCUGUGCAAAUUUUAAAAUUUGUUGAAAGCAUUUACACAUAUCAAUGGGUACAUUACAUAAUUGACAUUAACCAUACUAUCCUUGAAGAUGACGUUAACGCUGCAUGAUGGAGUACAACUGAAAUGAUUGACACUGCUACGGCCAAAGAACCAACCAGAAAUUAUUGCUGUAAAUUUAGAUUCUUUGGUAACUAUUGGUAUUUGUUGGAUAUUUUUUGCCUAACUCUGAACUUUUCUUACUAUAGAAAACCAGUGUUGACAUUCUUCUCAGUUGAUCACAGUAGAACCACAUAGUGUUUUUAGCACAUUUUGUAUGGGUUUUUUUUUCUAAUUUGUUGUCUUUGCCUUGCAUUUUUUCUUAGACUGAAGCCUCUAUGCCAGCAACAUGCAACUGAAAAUUGUUUUGUACUUGAUUACAGGUUCUUUUAAUGUGUAAGAAUAGUUUGUAAAUCUCUUCCCAUCCGGCCAAAACACCCGGUAUGUCCCCUCGACUCCUUCACGUCCCAGGUUGCCUAUACAGCUAAAGUAAUCUGGGAUAUUUUUUGUUUUGCAUGCUCAGUGCUUCCUUUUUUCUUUUUUUGCCUAUAACGUUACAUUAUAUAAAUGUCGUUGACUGUAAUGGUAGAGGACCCUUCUAAAAUGUGAUUGUGGGAAUUGAAUGUUAGUGUUUUACAUGAUGAAAUAGAAUGAAUUAUUAGGGAUUUGUAUUUUAAUGAGUCUUAUAUUUCUGUGCCAUUGUACUGCCUUUGGUACUGUUUGGAAAAAUUUCUCAUACUAGUGAGGGCUGUUUCACACUGUAAAACUAAACUGGACACAAACCCUCUGGGCGAUUUAAAAAAAAAAAAAAAAAAAUUAUUCAGUCAUUACAACUGUGUCAUGUGUUAUGUGACUUCAGACAGGCUGACUGUAGAAAAAGUCCCCUGAAGGUGACCAAAGAGGGACUGAAUCCUGGUGUCUCUUAGUGUGUAGCCAAUGACCUUUGUGUAUUUGACUAAUGGCGGUGUUUGUGGUUUAUGAAGGUUUUAAAUGACUUCUAUGGUUAUGAUCGUAUGUGUUAUUUUACCUGCUUUUCCAAUGGAUCUUGGCACUACAGCAGUCUUAAUCAGGUGAUGUUAAUGGGAUGGUUUUUCUCCAUUACUGUAUUUAACUCAGACUAACUGGUUCAGGCUUUUGGGGGGGGUGCUAGUAUUAUCUUUUACACAGACACUGGAAAACAACCAGGAAUGAAACUUUAUUUUUAAAACUGCACAUACUGUAAGUUCUGUCAUAUUGUUUCAUUGUUUAUAGCACAACAAAAACCAGCUCGAAAACACUCCCAAGAGGAAGACCUUUACAUUUCCUUCAUCUGUAUCACUGUAGAGUCACUGUAAACGUCUAGCUACAGACUCUUCAUUACCACUUGGAGCCUGAAAGAUACCACUGGAUGUUUCUGUUGUUACAUCUCAGCACUGUAAUAGAUGCUGUAUAUUAACAUGAUAUGUAUUCUCUUAAAACAGUCCUCUGAAAGGCCAGUUAUUUCAGUGAUUUAUCCAUUACCUUACUUAUUCCAUGUUCUCGCUUUUUUUUAUGUACUGUGCCAAUGGUGUAAUUUUUCUUUCAUUAUAUUUGUAUCUGUUGAAAUUUCAGUACGUUUUGUUUUUUCAUUCUACAUGUUUUUUUAGAUAUAAAAAAAGAGAAUAUUCCGGUACUGUUUUGCGUGGCAAGCGCCAAACUGUUCUGCCUGCUGUUGUCUACUUUGUAUGUGUGUCUCCAUCAGAACAUGUUGGGAAAAUUGCUCUUUGAGUGAAAAUGAGGUCCAGAUUUGAAUAAAUUAAGCACCAUAGUAUGAAUCUGUGUCUUCCAUUUUGUUAUUCUGGAAUUCAUUCAGGUGUAAUAUCCCAGUAAUCCCCACAUAUAGGAUAAAAUUUUUAAAAAUGUGUUGAAAGUGGUAAGAAGUAGUCUAUCUUUUGCUCUUUUCCUUAUAUUACCCAUGCUACAUUAUUUGAUAUCAUUGCACAAAGUUUCUGGCACUAGGUGGCACUAAAUCUUUGGUGUUCACUAAAACCUUAUGUUGUCAUUUUAACAGUUCAUUCAAUUGUUAGUUGACACAUGUAUCAAAAGACGCCAAAAAAAGAAUUAAAAAGGUGUGAGUGUUCAAGUCUGUCUCAGUAUAUACAGUUAAGCCUUAAUAGAUCCAACACUGUACAAAAGAGCACAAGGAUGACAAUUUGCACCAAUUAUACACACAUAAAAUAUGUAUUUAUAAAAAUAUAUAAAUGUACCAUCCUUUGAUAAAAAUGGAUAAUUAUUUCACUGUAAAAACUUUUUGCAUCUGUACUAAGUACGCUCCAGGACAGAAAAUCCCUGUUGAAAUAAAUUAAAGAUUAGAAACAGGCUUUAAACUGUAAAGUCUCCAGUUGGGAAAACCCUGUACAGGGGAAUUCUACUCUCUAAACAGAUUGUAAUAGUGCCCUUAAGCAAAGCACGCAGACUGUCUACUCGAGUGAAGCCCGUCUGUGUUUCAGACUUUAAUUUUACACAGCAGCUUUCAAUUGCACAUGUCAAAUGAGGCAGAUAUGUCCCAUGGAGAUCUGUCUUCGUAAAAAUGACAAAUUAAUCAAGUGUUCAAUCUCUGGCUGAAUGGUAAAUGCUCCAAGACUUGAGGUUGAUAAUGUAGUUAAUAUUUGUGUCAAUACUGCGCUGGUCUUCAACAGUGCUGAUCAAAAAGUGCUGUAAGCAACUAACUAGAAGGUUAUGUGUUGAGCAGAGUAGAUUUAUUUCACAGCCGAAAUAAUUUUUAAUCCUUUUAAUUUGUUGAAAUAAUAAUUUUAUUAAAAAGUAAAAUACUCUGGUACUUACAUUGCAUAGUGAUAUUAUAUUUUAAAUUCUUGGAUAUCGGCACAAAACAUCAGCUAUCUGUAAUAUAACUUCAAAAAUAUCAAAAUCUGCAUCUUGAAAAACCUAUAAACAGCUCUAUAAAAGCAUCACACAGUUGUGUUGUCAGUAAUCAUUUGGUCUAACACUUCACAGGUUCAAUCUACAGUGUCAACUCGUUAAUACAUCACAUACAUACACAUAAUCAGAAAGAUGUUACUUUUUAACAAAAAUAACUGUCCACAAAGUGCUUGUUAAACAAGACUGAAUCCCUGACUUCUAAAUUAUAUGCAGAAAAAGAAAACCAGAUAUUUUUAUUUUAAUAUAAAAUUCUAUAUUUCUCCUAAUAAAGGAAUCAAUUGUUAAUACUCAAGUGCUUUUACACUUUGACUACCACUCCACCUAAAUGCCAUAAAAGCAACUACAGGUGCAUGAAGGAUCUUGUCAGCUCCUUCCAGCUGAGUUAGUGAAAUCCCCCAUUCAUCUGGCUCGGUU